UGGCAGUGGUGAUAUGCGCUGGUUGUGCAGUGAAUAGCAAGGGAAAAUGAUAGUGGUUGUUGUCCUUGCAGUUACCCUUCCUUUCUUCUUCUAAUGCCCCCAGCGCCGCUAUUCCCCCAACUACCCUCCCUUUCUCUAUCCACAUUCUCUGCUCUCUAUCUCUCUUCCUUCUUCUGUUGCUGCAUCACUUUCUUGUCCUGAAUUCUCUGGAAUUCUCACACAACGAGAAAGAUUUUCUAGGAAAAUUUGGUCAAGAAUUUCUCUCUCUUUCUCUCUUCAAUCUUUUUAUUUGUCUGCUUGCUAUGGAACCUGGAGAGGAUUGCUGCGUUAAGGUUGCGGUUCACAUCCGACCACUAAUCGGUGAUGAGAGGCUUCAAGGGUGUAAAGACUGUGUCACUGUCAUUCCUGGAAAGCCUCAGGUCGUUUCUGGCUAUGGUGCAGGUACAAAUUGGAACACAUUCCUUUACGUUUGAUCAUGUCUACGGGAGCACUGGUUCUUCUUCAUCUGCCAUGUUUGAGGAAUGUGUUGCUCCACUUGUUGAUGGUCUAUUCCAAGGAUAUAAUGCUACCGUCCUUGCUUAUGGUCAGACAGGAUCUGGGAAAACUUACACCAUGGGCACUGGCUUCAAAGACAGUUCUCAAACGGGACUAAUCCCUCAAGUGAUGAAUGCUUUGUUCAACAAGAUUGAAACUUUGAAGCAUCAAACUGAGUUCCAAUUGCAUGUGUCCUUCAUUGAGAUUUUAAAAGAAGAAGUACGAGACUUGCUGGAUCCCAGUUCUGUGAACAAAUCAGAGACUGCAAAUGGGCACACAGGAAAAGUACCUGUCCCUGGGAAACCACCGAUACAAAUUCGUGAGACAUCAAAUGGUGUUAUUACAUUGGCAGGGUCUACUGAAAUUGGUGUCCGUACAUUAAAAGAAAUGGCAGCUUGCCUAGAACAAGGAUCACUGAGCAGGGCAACAGGAAGUACAAAUAUGAACAAUCAAUCAAGUCGCUCGCAUGCCAUCUUCACCAUCACAUUAGAGCAAAUGAAUAAGCUCAAUCCUGCUUUUCCUAGUGAUAGUGGUCUUAGUGAGAGUAUGAGUGAAGAAUAUCUAUGUGCCAAGUUGCAUUUAGUAGACCUUGCUGGAUCAGAACGAGCUAAAAGAACGGGUUCAGAUGGUCUACGAUUUAAGGAAGGGGUCCACAUUAACAAGGGCCUUCUUGCACUUGGCAACGUCAUUAGUGCACUUGGUGAUGAGAAAAAAAGGAAAGAAGGCGUUCAUGUUCCUUAUCGGGACAGUAAACUUACUCGGCUUUUGCAGGAUUCACUUGGUGGUAACAGCAGAACUGUCAUGAUAGCCUGCAUUAGUCCUGCUGAUAUAAAUGCUGAAGAAACUCUGAACACCCUAAAGUAUGCAAAUCGUGCUCGCAAUAUCCAAAAUAAGCCCGUCGUCAACAGAGAUCCAAUAUCCAAUGAGAUGUUAAAGAUGCGCCAACAACUAGAGUAUUUGCAGGCAGAACUGUGUGCACGUGGAGGAGGUGCUUCAUCUGAUGAAACACAGGUUCUCAAGGAAAGGAUUGCUUGGCUUGAAGCAACCAAUGAGGACCUCUGUCGGGAACUUCAUCAAUACCGCAGUAGAUGCCAUGUUACAGAACAAUGUGAAACAGAUGCCCAAGAUGUUCACACCUGUUCAGUGAAAAGUGAUGGGCUUAAAAGGGGCUUGUCUAGUGUGGAUUCAUCUGAUUAUCAAAUGGGUGAAACCAUAAUGGCAGGGGAUUCCAGGGAAAUGGAUGAAGAAGCAGCAAAAGAAUGGGAACAUACACUGCUGCAAAAUACAAUGGACAAAGAGUUGAAUGAGCUAAACAAACGUUUAGAGCAAAAGGAGACGGAGAUGAAACUUUUUGGAGGGCUUGACACAGUAGCACUUAAGCAGCACUUUGGAAAGAAAAUAGUGGAACUAGAGGAGGAGAAAAGAACUGUGCAGCAAGAGAGAGAUCGUCUGUUGGCUGAAGUUGAAAACCGUGCUGCUAAUUCUGAUGGGCAAGCACAAAAAUUGCAAGAUAUUCAUGCCCAGAAAUUAAAAACACUUGAGGCACAGAUACUGGAUCUUAAGAAGAAGCAAGAGAGCCAGGUUCAACUUUUGAAGGAAAAACAAAAAAGUGAUGAAGCAGCAAAGCGCUUGCAAGAUGAAAUACAAUUUAUCAAGGCACAAAAGGUUCAAUUGCAACAAAAGAUAAAACAAGAGGCUGAACAGUUUCGACAGUGGAAGGCCUCUCGAGAGAAGGAACUGCUGCAGUUACGGAAGGAGGGGAGGCGGAAUGAGUACGAAAGGCAUAAACUGCAGACCCUAAAUCAGCGUCAAAAAAUGGUUCUUCAGCGAAAGACAGAGGAAGCUGCUAUGGCCACCAAAAGGCUAAAAGAGUUGCUAGAAGCUCGCAAGUCUUCAGCACGUGAAAACUCAGGUAUUACCAAUGGAAAUGGAACAAAUGGGCAGAGCAAUGAGAAAUCUCUACAACGCUGGCUUGAUCAUGAGCUAGAAGUCAUGGUGAAUGUGCAUGAAGUUCGUUUUGAAUAUGAGAAGCAAAGCCAAGUACGAGCUGCACUGGCAGAAGAGUUAGCAGUGCUGAAACAAGUGGAUGAGUUUGCUUUGAAGGGGCUUAGUCCUCCACGAGGAAAGAAUGGACUUUCUAGAGUGUCCUCCAUGUCACCAAAUGCAAGGAUGGCAAGAAUAUCUUCUCUUGAGAACAUGCUCAGCAUUUCCUCAAAUUCACUUGUGGCAAUGGCUUCACAACUUUCAGAGGCAGAAGAAAGGGAGCGUGCUUUCACUAGCCGUGGACGUUGGAAUCAGUUGCGAUCAAUGGGAGAUGCUAAAAGCUUGCUUCAAUAUAUGUUCAAUUCUGUUGCAGACACAAGGUGCCAGUUAUGGGAGAAGGAAUUAGAAAUCAAAGAAAUGAAAGACCAACUGAAAGAACUUGUAGGUCUACUACGACAGAGUGAAUUACGAAGAAAGGAAGUUGAGAAGGAGCUAAAAUUGAGAGAGCAAGCUGUUGCCAUUGCACUGGCUACACAAGCUUCUGCUGGCAAUGUUCAGGAGAAGUCGCAGAGCUCAUUGAAACACUUUGCUGAUGAAAUGAGCGGUCCCUUGUCCCCAAUGUCUGUCCCAGCACAGAAACAGCUUAAAUAUACAGCUGGAAUUGCUAAUGGCUUGGUCAGGGAGCGGGCAGCUUUUAUAGAUCAGACACGAAAGAUGGUACCAGUUGGACCAUUGUCAAUGAAGAAACUAGCUGUAGUAGGACAAGCUGGGAAGCUGUGGAGAUGGAAAAGGAGUCAUCACCAGUGGCUAUUACAGUUCAAAUGGAAGUGGCAGAAACCAUGGAGACUCUCAGAAUGGAUUAGGCACAGUGAUGAAACAAUCAUGAGGGCAAGGCCCCGUACACAGGUUCUGACAGACAAGCUGGGAAGCUAUGGAAAUGGAAAAGGAGUCGUCAACAGUGGCUAUUACAGUUCAAAUGGAAGUGGCAGAAACCAUAGAGACUCUCGGAAUGGAUUAGGCACAGUGAUGAAACAAUCAUGAGGGCAAAGGCUCCAUCCACGGGUUCUGACAGAUGCAAUGGGAUGCACCAGGUCACCAACUUGUAUUUCCAGGAUAUUAAUCUUUGACUUCUACAUGUGGCUCCAACACAUGGCACGGGGAAGAGCAUAAAAUAAGUGCAGUGUGCUGUAAAGUUGCUGUUGGGGAUCUCUGCUUUUAAUUGCUGUCUUCAACAAGUUGAAUUUGGGUAAAUAGGUUUGUAGUCUGGAAUUCUUAGCUGUAGUCACAACAUUCGGAGCAUCUUGUAAAGUAGGUUUGGUGCUGCCGAUGGAGUACUCAUUGGAAAAAAUGCUGCGGAUAAAAGGGUGUAAAGGGUGAUACAUGAAAGGAGAUCUGCCCUGAGAUGGUGAUCUCUGCUGUUUUGAUAUAUAUACAUUUUCUUUGAUAGCAAUUGCCUCAAUGGAAGAAAUUCUUCCAUCAGGUCACAGUAAUGUGUAUUAAAGCUUCUCUUUAUAUAAUUUUUCUCUUUUGAUUUCAUUUUGUGGCUAAUUUGAUGUAGUGUUUUUGUGUGUAAGCACAAAUACUGAUUUUGUUGAAAGAAUUGAAUUCAGUAGCAUUUCUAUUACAACAAAGGGAGAUUCUUUUAUAGGAAUCCAUUUCAGUGAUUUUACUGUUUGUAAGCAUAAAUGUUGAUUGUGUUGAAACAAAUUGUAACUCUGUACAAGUUCGCAGCAGCAGUGAAAUUUCUUUUUCCUUUGUA